CAAAGCAGUAUCAAUAUUCUCCCUCCUAAAAUCAUCCAUCAUUGGUGACUAUCAGGGCAAGUCAAUUUAUAAUUUACAGCUAAAAUCAGUGUCACUUUAAAUCGUUAACCAAACUCCCCUGUCGUGUAAUGUGUGGGUGGUGGUACAGGGUGUUUUGCCAAUAAUUGAUUGAUCAGUACAGUAGCGGGGGUUGAUACGUCGGGAAUCAUUAGCGAGUGACUAUUGUGGUGGUACGAUUAAACCCUCUACGACAAUGUUUGCACUUCCGACAUGGAUGAUAAAUGAACGGAGCGAGUAACAGUGAAAACGAUAACGCCUUGGAAUAGAGCUCUCUGUGGCUGUGACCGCUUCCCAGCGCAGCAUCUUCUCCAGCACUUUGAUUUCGUGAGCAUAAGCAUAAACAAAAGAUGGAUUGUGUAUUUUAUGGUGCCUACUCUAACCUCGAUCGUUUAUGCUUUGCUUUACAUUACUUUGUAGGACGGUUGGAUGCUUGAGUUCUAGUUUUUUUUCUCUUUCCCUUACGGCCGUAGCAGACGACAAUCUAGAACCACACUUUGUCUCGGAGCAUACGAACGUGUCUUGCCCUAAGUAAGCCGCGAACGCCACAGUCAGUAGGCAGAGUGCUAUGAUCAAAGAGUUUUGCGUUUUCUAGUUUGAACUCCGCUCACUUCGAUCUGUUUGAAUAGUUUGAUCGGUGCCGGGAAAUUAGAUUGUACUUCAAGAAAGCAAGACGGACAACUGAUGGCGCCUUGCUUCGAAGAGGGCUACACGGUGGAUGUUGUGGAUGAUUGACUCCCGUUGUUAGUGUGUCAUGAUAACGUCGAUCCUACAAUCCACGCCGCUGCGACAUAAAGUGUGAUAUCCAAUAUCGCUGAAUCGUUUGCCGCCCCCUCCCGGCCCGAGUGGAUGGUCAAAGAUAGCUGGACAACGUAAUCUUCCGUGUUCAAAUUAGAAGCAAGCGAAUGUCCAAAACUUGAUAAGCCCUCGCCCUGCAAUUCUAGCCUGGAGGGAGAAACAGGUGGAAAUCGCACAAGUUGUUAUCUUUUAUCACGAUCGUCGCCCCCGGCAGUCCGGUUCAAGCUGCUGCCAAUAAAAUCGUCGUCAUCGUCAGCAUACCAUGUACCAGCCAUGAACAUGGCGUCGUUGACUCCCGGGAACAAAGUGUCGAAAACUUUGCUGCAUGGCUGUAAAAUGUAGUUAUCUUUCCCGGCCAAACCCUGCCAGGGCGCGAUAAGGUGGAUUGGGUGCGGGAUGCAUUCGCCAAUACACAGCGGACUAGGCGUUUAAGGUUAGGUUCACGGUGCGGUAUGGCAGUUCCGUUUUAGAGCUUGAAUACACAGGACACAGGAUCGUGCAGAUCGCUCUGGAAGUCGCGUGUUUUUUGUGUGGUGUUUAUCUAGACGAAGACCUUGUUGCUGAUGGUGAAUCACUGCAUCUCUAUCUUAUCGAUAAGCAGCGCAGACUUCCGCCUCCACGGGGGUCUAAUUCCGAGUGUAUCCAGUCCCCCGAGGACCCUGGAACGACCUUACAGGGGCGUACACUGAGCAGUGCUUAAAGUCGUGUUUUCAGCCUACUGGGUACUAAGAAGGGAAUUGUGUUUUAUUGUGUGUAUAUCCCAGCGGUGUUUAAAUUACUAUUGGCAACGGAAGUGGCAGCUAGGAGCUGCUGCUUGUAAAUCGUGCUCAGGAGAUGGAGAUCGAACGGCUGAAAUGCAAACGUUGUGGCAAGUUCCCGGAUGGCGAGGUAGUACAGUGUACGGCGAAGGAGCAUAUCGUGUGUGUGCCGUGCAUGGUAUCCCAGAAAACGAACCUCUGUGUGUGUGGGGCAAAGCUGAGCGAGAAAAGGCAACGGAACCCGAUCGAGCAGCUACUGCAGCACGCCAAGACCAGCUGUCGGUAUGAGGAGAACGGUUGUACCUGGCAGUUUACGGCCACCGAGAUGGACAGCCAUGUGGAGGAGUGUAAGUUUCGUCCCUACCGAUGCAUCACCUCAACGCUGAACGUAUUGCAGUGCGAAUGGAUUGGGUUGCAGCACGAAAUCGAAAAGCAUUUGCUCGAGCAGCACAAGGAACUGGGACCGGUGUUUCGGUUCCGUGAAUCGUCCUCGCUCGUCUUCUGCGAUAACAUCUCCAUCGGUGGGCUGAAGCUGGUGGACGCGUUCAGUAAGCACUUUUUGUUUUACUUCUUCUCGGACGCCGAUCGUGGCACGAUCUGCUUUCUGAUGAUCUACUUCGGGCGUCACGAGGAAUCGGAUCAAUAUUGCUACGAGCUCGAGAUACGAUCUCUACCGAUUGCCCCACCACCGGAACAAUCGGCCACACCGACGAAAGACGCUACAUCCGGUCCGGCAUCUGAAGAACGGCCGGCUAUGGUUCGUAGCGUCAAGUUCGUCGAGCGAUGCUACUCGGAUUCCGAAAACUUGACCGAAGUGAUCGAGGAUGAACGGUGUAUCGCCCUGUCGCAUCAGCAGGUCCGCAACUAUCUACACAAAGGGAAGCUGUACUUUACCUUUAAGGUUCGCAAGAUUUUCGAACCAGGUCGCGAGCGUAAUUUAUCGGAAUCAGCGGCUACGGUGGCCAUGGCAGAUAACUCAUCGGCGGCGGGUGCUGCGGCAGGAGCAACGGGCACAAAACCUAAACCUAAACCACCGCCGUUUGUGUUUCCGAAUAAGGGAAAACUCGCUCCGAACACGAAACGAUCGGGUGGUCUAGCAGUGGCCUCUGGAGCGGCCUCAUCGUCCUCGUCCGCUUCCUCGAAGAGUGGUAGUGGUGGGGGUGGCGGUGGUGGAUCUCGACCCAUCUCGGGCGGCUCAACCCCAAUUGAUGGUCCACCACUACCGAGUCCGGGGAUAAUGCGUUCUCCAUCAUCCGCCUCGACAGUUGCUCUCGGCUCGCAAGGGCAUGAGUCAUUGUCAUCGAGGAACAGUGGCUGCAGCUCGUACUCCUCCAUCAACAAGGUGGUCGUAGUGGGACUGCAUUCUCCAUUUGAAAAGCCUGAAAACUCUCCACUAAUGACGCCGUCGAUCAACAAACACGAAGUGCCACCGACCUGGAUGGCGAGCAGUACGACCGCCACGUAUCAGAUCAACAGCCAGUUCCAUCGUUCGUAUAGCCUCAAUCAGGAGGUCUACCAGGACCCUAUGGUCAAAGCCUGCAUCCGGAACGUGGGACCUCGGGUGGCGGAAAAUACGCCUAGCCAUGCCAUCCAACCGUACAAGGUGAAAGAUGAUCGCGGAUACAUUCUUCGCCAUCCAACAAAUAGUUUGUUUAAACCGCAUCUGGCGCACCGACAGUGUCCUCGAUAAUAAACUAUUCUUUCACAUUUCGCUUCCUGGGU